AUGCUGAGGACCGCCCUGCUGUGCCUGGCGCUGGGGCUGGCGCGGGCCCAGCCGCAGCCCUUCCCCUGCCCUGCAGCCUGCAGGUGCCCGUUACGGGACGCCGUGCAGUGCUCUGGGAGCAGCGUGGAGGGCAUCCCCGCGCUCGGCCUGCCCACCAACCUCACCCACAUCCUGCUCUACCACAUGACCAGUGGCACCUUGCAGAGCAACAGCUUCAGCGGCAUGACGGUCCUGAAGCGCCUGCUCAUCACAGACAGCGGCAUUUCCGCCAUUGCCCUUGGCACCUUUGACGACCUGAUAAACCUAAAAACGCUGAGGCUGUCACGCAACAAAAUCACCUCUCUUCACGUUAACCUGUUGGAAAAGAUGGUGCUCCUGGAGCAGUUGUAUCUGGAUCACAACGCAUUACAGAUCCUUAACCAGGGUAUGUUCCAGAAGCUGGUUAACCUGCAAGAGCUCUUUCUGAACAACAAUCUACUCACUUUUCUUCCUACUUACCUCUUCACAAACCUAGGGAACCUCAGAGUGUUGGAUGUAUCGGAAAAUAACUUGACCUACCUGGCCAACAGGCUGUUAGAGACACAGACUAAGUUAGAGAAACUGCUGGUGGGUUCGAACAAUUUACUUGGUAUUUACUGGGGGGUGUUGGAUGGCUUGGGUGCCUUGACUGAGCUGCAGCUCCACAGAAAUCGCUUAUACCUUAUUCCAAGAGGUGCUUUCGACAAGCUCAGCAACUUGCGCUCCUUGACCCUUUCGGAAAACCGUCUACGAGACCUGCCGCACGAGCUCUUCCUGCGCACGCGCAGUCUGACCUUCCUGACGCUGUCAGAGAACCCGCUGCGCCGGCUCCCGCCCGUGAUCUUUGGGGAGCUGACGGGCCUGCAGGAGCUGUGGUUGAACGGCACCAACAUCCAAACCCUGCCCGACAGCAUCUUUCGCAACCUGAGCCGCCUGCAGGUCUUGGGGGUGACGGAGAACCCGCUGCUGAGCUCGCUCCCGAAGGGCGCCUUCCGGGGCCUGGGGGAGCUGCGGGUGCUGGCGCUGCACUCCAACCACCUGGGGUCGCUGCCGGACGGCCUGCUACAGGGCCUGGACCGCCUGCGGGAAGUGUCGCUGCGCAACAACAGCCUGCAGACCCUGCCCUCCACUCUCUUCAGCAACCUCAGCAACCUGCAGCAAGUCCACCUCGGCCACAACCAGCUGCACAACCUGCCUGGCGACCUGUUUGACGCUCUGCCUGCGUUGACGAAGGUCCAGGGUUUGGAGCACAAUCCAUGGCUCUGUGACUGUGACCUGUGGCCAUUCGUAGAGUGGUACCAGAGGAACAGAAACCUCUCAUUGCAAACCGAGGUCCCCCGGUGCAGCGCUCCAGGGCAGUUAGAGAACACACCGCUCUUUGGAUUGACGGCUAAUAACUUGAGCUGCCCCGUUACCGAGUCACCUGCUCCCCAGUCCUCGUCAGAAGUCUUCUCUCUGAGAGUUCCCGCCUCCCUCUCCCCAGGCCUGGCCAAAGUCCCCACCAUCCCGUUCCCAGCUCUACCCCAAGUUCCCCCCUCUUUCUCCCCAGGCCUGGCCAAAGUCCCCGCCUCUCCCUCCACAACUCUUCCCCUAGGCUCCCCUUCUCCUUCCCCAGGCCUGCCCAGCUGCUCCCUGCCCUUCAAAGGCCUGGCCUUCUCACCGACCACCCCAGAGCCCUGGGUGUGGGCCCAGCUGGUGGCCAAAGGCAAACGUGAAAACCAUAGCCUGUUCUGGGGUCUCUAUCUUCUGCUUUUAGCCAUCCAGGCCAUAAUCACUGUGAUCAUUGUGGUGGCUAUGAUUAAAAUCGGCAGGCUCUUUAAACUGUUAAUCAGAGAGGGAGUUUUUUUUUGA